GUCCCCAGGGGUUUGAAUGUUAGGAGGGAAGACCUGGAACGUUGCUGUUGGGAACCAGUAGGGAAGGGGCACACGCCACCACCACCACCUCUUCCUGGCAUGCCGUUUAAUUUGUAACUUCCUAGUACUGGAGCUCUGCUCCCUUGAGGUGUUUUUCCCCCCAUUCUUUGCAGUGGUGCCAAGGUCAAGGGCUGGUGGCAGCUUGAGCCUGGGACGCUGGUGCUUGGACGUUGCUGGAGCGAGUUCCUGUCCUGCCAUGGAGCAGCUGGAAGUGCCCGGGCUGACCUCAGGGACAGGGCAGAGUCCCUUGUUGCUGGAGCACCUGCCAGCCCUGAUGAAAGGGCAGUGUGGGGCUGUACUAUCCUCCCCACGGAAGCAGAGGGGACCAUCUAGGAGCAGGAGGAAGAUCAGCCACGCACGAGUGAAGGGGAAAGGCCAGCUGAAACUGUCCAUCGAGGUGCAGGGCAGGACCUUGGUGCUGCAUGUCAUGGAAGCAAAAGGUUUGAUAGGAAAGGAGUAUCAGACCUGCGACUCCUAUGUGAAGAUGUCGAUUGUGCCCGAUGCUGACUGGAAAUGCAGGCAGAAGACCAAGACUGUGCCAGACAGCAAAAACCCUGUCUUCCACGAGCACUUUCUCUUCCCAGUGCAAGAGGAGGAUGAGCAGAAACGUCUCCUGGUCACAGUCUGGAACCGAGAGAGGAAUUUCAGGCAGAGCCAGAUGAUCGGCUGCAUGAGCUUUGGUGUGAAGUCCCUCCUGACCCUCAACAAGGAGAUCAGUGGCUGGUACUAUCUCCUUGGGGAGGACCUGGGCAGGACCAAGCACCUGAAGGUGGCCACGAGGCGGCUGAAGCAGAGCAGAGAGCUGAUGCUGGGCAGUCAGGGAGCAGUGCAGCAAAGCCAGGAUGCUGCCACCAUGAAGGAGCUGGAGAUCACCAUCCCUCGAGGAAGCGACGGGUUUGGCUUCACCAUCUGCUGCGACUCCCCGGUCCGUGUGCAGGCAGUGGACUCUGGUGGCCCAGCAGAAAAGGCUGGUCUGCAGCAGCUCGACACAGUGCUGCAGCUGAACGAGCAGCCUGUGGAGCACUGGAAAUGUGUGGAUCUGGCACACGAAAUCCGCAACUGCCCCACCGAGAUCAUCCUGCUGGUCUGGAGGCUGGUCCCGCAGGUGAAGCCAGGACAGGAAGGGAUGAUCCGCAGGUCCUCCUGCAAAUCUGCCUACGACCUGCAGUCCCCGCCCAACAAGCGGGAGAAGAACAGCCCCGCGGCGCGGCCCGAGCAGCGCCGGAGCUGCCACGUCCUGUGCGACGGCAGCGACGGGCUGGUGCUGGGCGGCUGGGAGAGGUACACGGAGCUGGGCAAGCGGGGCCAGCACACCAUGCCUGCCCUGUCCCGCGUCCCCUCCUCUGCGGACCAGAACUACAUCCUCUUGGCGCCUGUGAACCCCGGGAGCCAGCUGCUGAGGCCUGUCUAUCAAGAGGACAACACUACUGUGGGAGAUGGGUGUAAAGGGAAAUCACACACAGGGUCUGGGAGAAAAUCCAGGCUGAUGAAGACAGUGCAGACUAUGAAGAACUAUGGGAACUACCAGAACUGCACCAUUGUGAGGCCACACAUCCCGCACUCCAGCUACGGCACGUACGUGACGCUGGCUCCCAAGGUGCUGGUCUUCCCUGUCUUUGUGCAGCCCCUAGAUCUUUGCAACCCAGCCCGGACUCUGCUUCUGUCAGAGGAGCUGUUUCUCCACGAGAGCAGAAACAGGACUCUACAGGUGACCCUCUUUGUCUACUCUGACCUGCUGCUCUUCACCAAGGAGGACGAGCCUGGGCGCUGCAACGUGCUGAGGAACCCUCUCUACCUGCAGAGUGUCAAGCUCCAGGAGGGGUCAGAAGAUCGGAAGUUCUGCCUCCUCUACCUGGCAGAGAAGUCGGAGUGCUUAUUAAGUUUGGAGGCUUACUCCCAGGAGCAGAAGAAGAGGAUCUGCUGGUGUCUGGCUGAGAACAUCACCAAGCAGCAACAUCCGGCGUCGGCUCCGACGGAGAACAAGAUGCUGGAGACGGACGCUGAGAAGCCAGGGCAGAUGCACUCAGAGGAUGGGAAGGCACCAGCGAGUGCUGCUCCUCUGGCUGCAGAGGCACCAGCUCUGGCCGAGCCCUGGGAGGCUCUGGGAGCCACCCAGGGUCCUCUCCUGCUGGAAAAGCAGCCAGUAGCCACCAUGAAGGGAGAGGAGCAGCCCAACUCCCUGCCAGCCUUUGUCAUCCCGGAGCUGCGGCUCGACAGCACCUUCAGCCAGAGCGCGGCAGGCCCGGCCGGCAGCCCCACCGAUGGCGAGGAGGAGGAGGAGGAGGAGGAGGAGGAAGAUGAAGAGGAAGAUGAGGAGGACGAGGAGGAGGACAGCGACGAGCACUACUUGGAGAGGAACGAGGCCAAGCGCAGCAGCAUGAUCGAGACGUCAGGCUGCCAGCCCGUCCUCACGCUGAGCGUGCAGAGCUCCCUGCGGCGCCGCACGCACAGCGAGGGCAGCCUGCUGCAGGAGGCCAAGAGCCACUGCUUCACCUCCGACACCACCCUCAACUGCUCCGACAGCCAGGGCACCAAGGGCCACUGGGCCCUGCCCUCCCCCAGGACCCUCAAGAAGGAGCUUGUCAAAAACGGUGGCUCCAUCCACCAGCUCACCCUGCUGUUCUCUGGCCACAGGAAGCUGAGCGGAGCCGAUGGCGAGUGCAGCUGUGACGAAGGGGACGAGACCUCCCUCAAGAAGCGGAGCAGGAGCCUAGCUAAGGACAUGAAGAACCGGCUGGGGAUUUUUCGGCGGCGAAAUGAGUCCCCCGGGGUCAACCCCUCCAGCAAGCUGGACAAAGUCCUCAAAUCGCUCAAGCCCACUCCUGAGGAAGCUCUCAAGUGGGGGGACUCCCUGGAGAAGCUGCUGCUGCACAAAUAUGGACUCGCUGCCUUCAGGGCCUUCCUGCGCACUGAGUUCAGCGAGGAGAACCUGGAGUUCUGGCUGGCCUGUGAGGAGUUCAAGAAGAUCAAAUCCCAGUCCAAGAUGGUCUCCAAAGCCAAGAAGAUCUUUGCUGAGUACAUUGCUAUCCAGUCCUGCAAGGAGGUCAACCUGGACUCCUACACGCGGGAACACACCAAGGAGAACCUGCAGAACAUCACCCGCGGCUGCUUCGACCUGGCGCAGAAGAGGAUUUAUGGGCUCAUGGAGAAGGACUCCUACCCCCGCUUCCUGCGCUCUGACUUGUACUUGGACAUAAUCAACCAGAAGAAGGCCAGCUCCCCGCUGUAGACCCAAGGGCUCUCUCGGGGCAGGCUGGGAACUGUGUGUUUACAUGAAACGGGGCGGCAGAGGGGCCGGGGGGAGCACGCCUUCCUGCUGCCCUCCGUGCCCCCGAGCCAGGUUCUUGCAGCCGAAGGGUGUGGGGCAGCUGGUGGCACCGAGCACGAGGCUGAGGGGACCAACAAGCCAAGCAGUCUGGUACUGCUCCAUCGCCCCGUCUCGCCAUCGCUGGUACGACGCCUCCGGGGUGGCUCUGGCGUGGGUUUGAGCCAGGAGGGAAGCCCCCACGAGACUACUGUGAAGCAUGAGCUGUGAGUGGUGCUGGGAAGGCAACGAGUGAUCCCGACCCGGCCAGGAGGACUUUUGUGCAGGGCUCCUGCAAGGGGACAACAUCAACAUCUUCCCUGGAAUAAAAGACUUGGGAACUGGACCAGCCCCACGAUGCUGCUGUGCUGCCCCGUGCCGGCGAUGCCUCCCAGCUCCCCCCAGCAGCUUUCCCGCGGGAUCCCGGCUCUUCCUUCGCUCGUGGCGAGCGCCGGGUCCCUCCCCAGAGGCCUGCAAAGCCUCCUGCUCCCACCCCUGGUUUAUUUAUUGACCUCCUGUAGCUGGACGCCUUGCCAUGUAAUAGGAAAUCCUCGUGUCCUUUCCCGAAAUUACAAGUGCAAUAUUUUGCGUGUCGCGGCAGAGCUCUGACCGAGUGGAUGCCUUUUAUUUUUUUUUUCUUGCCGAGUGUGUUUGACAUUUUCUAAGUUAGCAGGUUUUAUCUGAUGAAAACCCAUCCCCCGGCAGCGGGGCCGCUGGGGGAGCCGGGGGGUGUGUCAUGCCCUGACGACGGAGAGUUUGGUGAUGGAGAAGAGCAGCUCCGUGAAUCAGACGCUCUCCUUACUCUGGAGAACCAUGGUGUGUUUUGAGAGGUGGGGGUUGUUGCUGACCCUGGCUGAGCUGGAUGGACGCGCUGCCUCCAGCUGACGGUGCCAAGCAUCUCUGCAGCUAGCAAAAAUACAUUGUCAUGGUCGUAGGUAAAUAAAAGGAGAAUAUCAUUCCUUGUA